CCUCAGCUGGACAAAUGAUGUAUAAAUCCACGACGUGUUGGAAACGACACGUUUUCCUAGCAUCUUCGUGUAAUAAUCCCCGUCUUUCCACAAGUCGAGUGGUUAAAAUGCUAGGAUUGCUUUUACUGUUUGCCUGGCUUUGUGAAGUUCAGGGAGGGCCUGUGCAGACACAGAACACCUCUGAAGUCCGCUUUGAUGAAGGCUAUCAUAGACAUUCUCUUAAAAAUGAAACACCUCUGGUAGAUUCUGACGAAGGUUAUGCCCUUGAGGAAGAGGAUAUCAUACCUCAAACCGACAGGAACGCAGGGAAUCAUCUGUGGCCUGAGAAGGAUGGAGAAGUUUCAGUGCCGUACAGUAUUGCCUCUGGUCUCGAAGACAAGACUGGGCACAUUUUAGCAGCCUUAAAAAUGGUCUCCAAGAAGACCUGCGUCAAGUUUCAUCACCAUACAACUGAGGAAGAUUAUCUGCAUUUUAAGCCUGACCGUAUGUGUGCGUCUCUUGUAGGCUGUGCCGGCGGUGAGCAGCCAAUUCUGGUCGGGCCAAAGUGUAACGCUGGGAACAUCUGUCACGAAAUCCUGCAUUCGCUCGGCCUGUACCACGAGCACUCGCGUCCUGACCGCGACAAAUACAUCACCAUACUCUACGAUAACAUCAUGCCUGGUAAAGAGUCCAAUUUUAAGGUGAAGAAAGGGAACACGCUUGGUCUGGAGUAUGACCUGGACUCAAUCUUGCAUUAUGGAGACGACUGUUUUUCUCGUAAUGGAAAUCACACGAUAAUCCCCAAGAAGAAAGGCGUUAAGAUCGGCCAGAGGACUCACAUGAGCGUCCUGGAUGUGGAACGGCUCCGCAGGCUGUAUCACUGUGACGACUGAAAACAUCAGGAUAAAGUAACCCCACCAUUCCUCCAACCUCAAAACUGCUCUGUUUGAAUGGACACUUAAGCACAUACGAAGCUAAUUUUAUGGACAAAUAAAUGUAAAAAAAAAAAAAACAA